AUGGAGAAAGCCUCCGAACCGUCGCAAGCGCAGCCAACUCCUGAGGAGCCCGUUCAGUCAAUUGAGGACGAUGGCAAGCAGAACGGUGUCACCAGUACCGUCACUGAGGAACAAUGGAAACAUAUGAUGGAUGUUGUCCUUGCGAUCUAUGAGGUUCGAGAAGCAGAUGGCCAUGACCCGUCGAGACUUUUCCAUCGCAGCGUCAACAAGCGUAAUGUUCCCGAUUAUUACGAUAUCAUCAAGGAGCCGAUGGCGCUUAGUAUCCUGAAGCAGAAGAUCAACAAGCGGGAGUACAAAAGCGUCUCUGAGUUCGUGCGGGAUUGCGCCCUGAUCCCUCACAAUGCGCAAACCUACAACCGGCCGAAUUCCCAGGCAUACGAGGAUUCGCUCGUGAUCAAGGAUGCCUUUGUUACCGAACUUCAGAAAUUAGUUCAAGCGGGAAUCAUCACUGCCGAGGAAGCUGAACUUCCAGAUCUUGGUGAAAUUCCGGAGCCAGAUCCUCUACCAGAGGAAGAUGACGACGAGGACGAAGAUGACGAGGAUGAUGACGAUGAUGAGGACUCCGAUGACGAGGGCCGCAGGAGAAAGAAGCGCGGCCCUCGCCCGGGUUUUAAACGAGACGGUGCAAAAGACGAUGCGAGCAAGUCUGCGGAUCCUGAGCAGAGAAAAAAGCGAGGCCGCCCUCCGCGCGUUGAUACCCCGAUGGAAGCAAGAAUUAAAGCAGUCCUAAAGGGGAUCCGGAAACUUAAAGGCCCCGGUAAUCAACUUAAAGUUCGGCAUUUUGAGCGGCUACCUGACAAAGGUGUGUAUCCGGAUUACUACGUCGAAAUCAAGGAGCCUAUUGCGAUUGAUCUCAUCAAGCGAAAGUCGAAGCGGAAGAAGUACAAUUCAGUAGACCACUUCAUGAAGGAUAUGGAUCUAAUGUUCAACAAUGCGAAAGCCUACAAUCAACCAGAGAGUCAGAUCUACAAGGACGCCGUGGACCUUCAAAUGGAGGCAAGAAGGCUUGCAGAUCUAGAGAAGAAAAAACCGGACAGCGAUUAUCUAAUGGAAGACGGCCGUCUACCGCUUCCGGAUGGCAUUCUUCAUAAGGGCGAGUUGUGGAAGGUUGGGGACUGGGUGCAUAUCCAGAACCCCAACGAUGUGACCAAGCCAAUCGUGGCGCAAAUAUACCGGACUUGGCAGGACUCUGAGGGCGAGAAAUGGAUCAAUGCCUGUUGGUACUAUCGCCCGGAGCAAACUGUCCAUCAUUUCGAAAAGCACUUCUACCCUAAUGAGGUGGUUAAGACUGGUCAAUAUCGUGAUCAUCGAAUCAACGAGAUAGUUGACCGGUGCUUCGUGAUGUUCUUUACGCGGUAUAACCGUGGAAGGCCCAGAGACUUUCCUCUCGACAAGGAGAUCUACGUGUGCGAGGCUCGGUACAAUGAGGAAAAACAUAAACUCAACAAGAUCAAAACCUGGGCCAGUUGCCUUCCCGACGAAGUACGGGAGAAGGAUUAUGAGAUGGAUUUAUAUGAUGUUCCACGCAGAAUAAAGAAGAUACCCAGUCCGAUCAAGCAUCUGCUCAAAAGUGAUGCAAAAGAGACAGACGACCUACCAAAACCAUCCUGGGGGGCAGAAAAUGCACCGCCAGUGGUAGGUGCAGUUCAUUGUCGUCCGCGCGAUGAAAAUGAAUCACCGCCUCCGGAGCCCACUCCAUCACCACCUCCUCCGGCCAUUCCUCCAUCGGCUCUUCCGUCAGUUUCUCGACAAGCGUCAAUGAGCCAAGCACCCACGCAGCCUGUUAUAAACAGUCCGGCCGCACUUCUGGCCGCAGCAAGUCCUGUUCCGGUGCGUUCGCCGGCCGCGCAUGUCGGACCUGCUCAGCAUUCGCCAGCCCCAGCUCCUCCAAUUCCAUAUCACCAGCCUCAGGUUCCUUACCAGACAGCCAUACAACAGAGACGUUCUAGUGGCUUUGUGAACCAGAACAUUAUACCAGGCACUUACCAAGGGCCAACCCCUCCUCUUCCAUAUGCCGUUCCUCAGGGCCCACAUUAUACACCAUAUCAAUUAAGCCGUGCGCAAGGAGCACCAACUAUGUACAAUUCCAACGCUCCCCGGCCAGUUGAAGUGUUUCACUUAAGUGACACUGCAAAUGCGGCCAUUCCAGCGGAUAUCCGCGAGCAAUUCCACUGUGAUGACCAAGGUCAUGUGCUUUUCUUCUCUUGCGCACCUCUGGAUAUUGGGUCGGCAGUUCAGCAAAAACUGGGGCACUCGCUAAAAUAUCUCGCCGCCAAGGAAGAACGCCGAAAACUCGUUGAGGCUAAGAAGCGCAAAGAAAUUUCUGAACGAGAGGAACGCGAGCGAGCCAAUAAACGGCAGUGUGCUGAUAAGCAAAGAGCUCUCGCGGUGCAGGUAGAAGCCGUAGCAGAAAAGGCUGUUGAAAUCAUGACAAACGAGAUCGUUAAAGGCACGGAUAAGAUUUAUGAGGCAUUGUAUCAGGACCAAGCCGAGAGUGCUCGGGAAGCGGAUACAAAGGCUCGUGAGGAACGAAUUUUAAGGGCUCGUGCCAUCCAAACAAAGACAGCGCAGAUUCAGGGGAAGUCAACUAAGCCAACGUUCGUCAGUCUUAAAGGGAGUGGGAUGUACUUGGACGAGAUUGACCCCGCUGCAUAA